UUUGUUGACAUCGGCAUUGUUACAUCCAUCGAAUCGAAUCACAAGCAAAUAGAAAGUGCUCGAAAGGGACAAGAGAUUUGCAUAAAAAUCGAGCCGAUUCCCGGUGAAUCGCCAAAAAUGUUUGGGCGUCAUUUCGAAGCGGACGAUAUGCUUGUGAGCAAGAUAUCACGUCAAAGCAUCGACGCCUGCAAGGACUAUUUCCGCGAUGAUCUAAUAAAGGCUGACUGGUCACUCAUGGUUGAACUGAAGAAGCUUUUCGAAAUUUUAUAAGCUUACAAAGCCAAGCGCAUACACAAUAUUUCAAUGUAGUAAAUUAAAUCAACAAAAAAUGUAUUGCAAACAGAACAAUUGAAAACAUGCAAAAAAAUGGCGAAAGCAACAAAAAUAUUUAGAAAAUAAACAUAAUCAAUAUGCAACUACAGCGCAACACAUUAAGAGACAAACAAAAAUAAGCAAAAACAAAAUACAUUUGAGCACUGUCAAUGAAAUUAAGUUUGUAGCUUUUACUUUCUCAUUUUCAAAGCUUCCCGAAAACCCUUAUGUGUAACCGACGUCUGUAUUCUCUGUGUUCUUUAUACUAUAUUUUUAUAAUAAGUUGCUUGAAAUGUGCUUUCAGUCGAAUAUUUGCGGAGGAAAGCUCAACAACAAUAUGAAUGCAGUAUUUGUUGUAAUUCUUUUCAGUUUGCACUCUGUUAUUUUCACCUCGAAGGAUUUUGUUUUUAAUUUUUAUUGAAUUAGCAUUGAUUUAAUAAUUAAUACUUUUGCGCCCGUUAGUUGUUAUUUAUUUGGUAUAUUUUGUAUAAUUAAAGAAAAUCUGAAAUUCAAUUAAAGCACACUUUUUAUGCAAACAAUUUUUUACACAUUUUUUAUAGUGAAUGAUCAUUCAAUAUAUUUGGGUCCAUAUAAAAUAUAUCACAAUAAAUGAGUGAAAUAAAUAUUUAUUAAAUGCAGAA